CAUUCCCUGGCAUUGGCAUUCUUAUCCAAUCACUCAUGGGACCCGGACCGGCUGUGGUCUGGCAUAAAGCGGCAACGUAGAAGACCACUGAAAGUGCUUCAUUUCACCUCCAGUAGUAGCUUUGUUCUCAUCACAAAAUGA